GCCCAUUCCACCAUGGCGAAUUUAGAUGAUUUCUUCGCGAAGAAAGACAAAAAGAAGGGAAAGGCGAAAAAGUUUGUCACCGCCGAGGAGAUAGCCAAGCAGCUAGAUGACACGUCGAAGAAGGUCGUCGAAAGUAAGAUGAAGCUGAGAACAGUCGACCCGGCAGAUGGUAAAAAUGACUCUCACGAGCCGGAUGAUGAAUGGAAGGUGUUCGAGGAGACGAAGAAAGAUUACACUGGACUCAAACUGGCCCAGCUAACCAUAGAUGACGAAUCGAACCAGCUCGAUUCUGAGAACUCGGGCGAUAUGAACGAUCCGAAUUAUGACGCCGAAGGCAGAGAAGGGGAAGACCGUGAUCCUAGCAAACCCUGGAACAAAGGAGACGCAAAUGCAGCGACAAAAGAAAAGGUUGCGGCACCCGAACCGGCUUCCACAAGCAAUAUCUAUAUCAGUCCUGCUAUGAAAAAUCUCAUGGCAAAACAAAAACAGAAGAAAGGCAUUGCGCCGGAUCUGCAAAGCGAGGAGUACUUCCCCACACUAGGUCAGGAAAAACCGGCCGAACCGCCGAAACAGACCAAACCCGAUCCUACAUUCGAGGAGGUGAAGCACGGCGUCCGGGCGAAAACGGUCGAACAGUCCUCCACUAGCCAGAUCAGUAUCGGUAACCGGUACAACUCACUGAACAACGAUGCGAGCUAGGGGACAAAGUGCCGGACCGCUCAGUAUAUCGUUUUAAAUUCUUACACUCUACUCUUGCAUCAUGAUGCGCCUACUUCGUUCUCGUACUCUCUGUUAACUGCA